GCUCACUGAUAAAAAGCUCUGUCAUCAUCAGCUGCUGAUAAUUUGAGACGUGUAUGAAGUUAUGACAUAAGUGAUUACAGAUUACAUAAAAGUAUUCGAAAUAUUAAACAAUAUUCGUUCCCAUCCUUGAGAUUAUCACGAUGGUCAGUGAUUGUAGAAGGCGUGCUCGGGGAUGCGUGUUUUACGACGAGUUCCAUAUUGAUUUUAUUGGUAAAUUAUGUUGUUCUGUAUAAGAAAAGGUUUUAGCAGUUUAUUCACAUAUCGUUCGGCUUCGGAAAGCGUUGUUGCAGUCCCGCUUCGAUUCUAUGUCAGAAAAAACACAAUGCAUACAAAACCUCCCAACAUUUUGGUUUAUUCCAGGACGGAAUCAAUCAAAAAUGAACUAGUUAAGACGCUGCGCACGGUUCUGCAGGGAAACACCUACACUGUUUAUCCUAUCACUGAACCGCAAGUGAAGGCAAAGGCAUGGCCGAACAGUACGGCUUUGCUUCUGGUACAUGGAUCAAUUGGAAAGGGACUCGCAGAUGUAUUUUUAGAUUUCUUCCUGCAUGGUGGAAAACUGUUCAGUAUUUGUUGCACAGAAAUUUUGCAUCGAAUUCAUUGUUGUAACUCUAGUGUUCGUGGUGCCCUAUUUACGGAACACCUAAAAGAUCUGCAUGGUGUUAAUCGAGAAGUAUAUAUUGAGGUCAUGUCACGAAACUCGACUGUUUUCUCACUAACAGCUGCGAAAUCAAACGGAAGAGCUGUGCUGAGUCAAAUGAAGCUGAAUGAUGUUUCCGACAGCGAUAACAAGCGGAGACUAGAUAUCUUCCGAUAUGUCUUGAGCACUCAGCUGGACAUUAGAAUCACUGAAUCAGACACCACAGACAAACUAAAUUGCGAAACGGGGUUCUUGCUUGGUGACGAUCAAUGUAAAACUAAUUUCCUGGCGCACAUAAAUGACACAACGCACAUUCCAAAUACCCUCGAAACGGGCGGACUUGUUUUGCAGUUCUAUAGCGAAACAAACGUUCCGGUUGUGCCUACUCCAACAUUCCAUCCGAUCUGGUUGAAUCGGAUUCCUAAGGAUUUCUCACUGUCUGAUUAUUUCGAUCAUCUCAAAACUUUUUUAUUCGGUAGAUUAGCAAUCUAUUUGCCCGUGGUCGGCAGCUCAAUGGACAUUGUUUCAACAGCUACACUAGGUCAUGGAUUCGUAGUCAUUCCCCGUCAACAGACCAAUGGAGUCGGCCGUAACAAUAACCAGUGGUUAAGUCCGGAAGGUUGCGCCAUGUUUUCAAUCCAGCUGCACGUUCCACUGUCCAGUCCACUUGGUCAACGAUUACCGUUGGUUCAACAUUUGGUUGCGAUCGCUAUAGUAAAAGCUAUUCGUGAAAGUGGACCAGGUUACGAACAACUGGAUGUUCGACUAAAGUGGCCGAACGAUAUCUACGCAGAUGGUGUAGCAAAACUUGGCGGUUCGAUUAUCAACUCACAGGUUCAAAGUGCCGAAGCAAUCGUGAAUGUUGGUUGCGGAUUAAAUCUUAGUAAUUCCACUCCUACCGUUUGCAUUAACGAUCUUGUUCAGACAUUCAAUACCAGAAAUGGUACGAAUCUCCCCCUGUUGAGGUAUGAGCAGGUAUUAGCGUUAAUUUUCAACGAAAUCGAGAAACUGUUCAAUGAAGUUCAGUGUGGGAAUUUGCAGUAUUUAUUCGACCUAUAUUACAAGUAUUGGCUCCACCAGGACAAACCUGUGAAAAUGAAGAACGAAAAAGGAUCUGAGGUAACCGGACAAAUCAAGGGCAUUGACGAGUACGGAUACUUGCUAGUGAUGAUUGAUAAUCAUGCGAAACCUGUAUGCAUUCAUCCCGAUGGGAACAGUUUCGAUAUGAUGAAUGGUUUAAUCAUUCCAAAAUAUUUUUGA